UUGAGUUGAGAGUUGUCCCCGAACGAGCUCCUCUGCCCUGACACGUAAGCAAACGAAACCGCUUAACCGACCCAAAAGGUGGUUUUUCUCGCCGGUAAACCAUUCUAGGUAUGCCGAAGGUCCACCCAAAUACCGUCUCAGAAGCGCAGCAGAGGCAGGAUUCCGAUCGCCACGUGGCGGAGGCCCUGACUGUCUGGAAGAAAUCGCUGCUCUUCAACUGUAACGGUUUCACGGUUUUCGACGCGAAGGGGAACCUUGCUUUCCGUGUAGAUAACUACGUGGCGGACAAUAACGGCCAGAUCUUGCUGAUGGACGGUGGAGGCAAGCCGCUUCUGACGAUCCGACGCAAGAGAUUGAGUCUCGGAGACCACUGGCAAAUAUUCAAUGGGGAAGAAGACAUCAACCCUCGACUCUCCGUCAAGAAGAACUCUAAUUUCCUAAACUCCAAGCCCUUAGCUCUCGUAACCUCUGCUUGUGGCCCUAGACAAGUGAUCUACACGAUCGAUGGGUCAUAUGCACAACGAUGUUGUGUCAUCUACAAUGAAAAGAGGCGGCCGGUGGCUGAGAUCAAGUGCAAGGAGACCGUCGGUGGAGCCUCCUUCGGGCUCGACGUCUUCCGUCUCAUCAUACAGCCAGAAUUCGACAUGCCAAUCGCCAUGUCACUAGUUAUUAUAUUGGAGCAAAUGUUCAGGUCCCGGCGGUUUAUUUAUUAGUCUUACAAUAUAAGAUUUCUCAUUACCGUCCGUGCAAAGGAUUUUUGUCGACGGAUGAAAGCGGUUGUAAAGGCCGAGGUCCUCCUUCGGCAAUAUCAAUAUGUAAAAUGCCAUGGAGGGUUUUUUUUAGAAGUAUCUUUUGAAAUUUUGUAAGAGGAAAUUUGUUUUUUCUUUUUCUUUUUUUUUUGAAAAAUGUAUGUGUUGGGCUUUGGUUUUAUUUUUUUCCUAUGAAAACCAAGCAAGUAUAGAGUGUAAAUAUUAUUAUUAUUUUUUUGAAAAAGGAAAAAAUUUUGUAAUUGUUGUCGAUUAUAAAUGAAAGCUACAUGACUCGAAAAUUUGUUCUAAUUCAA